AUGAGUCUGCGCGAGCGAGUCCCGCCGCAGUACCACAAUGGCGAGCCCGCCCGCCGCGCCCCCGACGACGACUCGGACGUCGAGGAGGAAGCCAUGGCCAAUGACUACCGCGAGCAGGUCCAAUACGAUGGCAUGGAGGAUCUCGACCGCAUGCCCUCGAUGACCGGCAACCACGACAUCCAUGCCCAGCUGCAGGCCGCCGCCACGCCCCUCGAGUUCCAGGCCACACUCGAGACCAAGUUUGCCAGCUAUGACAGCUACUGCAACCUCUUCCACUAUAUCCUCAACUCCGAGGGCCCUGUCGACCUCGAGGUCCCCAACUACUACUGGGCCUGGGACGUCAUUGACGAGUUCAUCUACCAGUUCAACAGCUUCUGCAGCUACCGUCAGCGCGUGGCCCAGAAGAGCGACAAUGAGGAGGAGAUUGCCCUGCUGCGCGAGAACCCAAACACGUGGGGCUGCUACAGCGUCCUCAACGUCCUCUACUCGCUCAUCCAGCGCUCCCAGAUCAGCGAGCAACUUGCCGCCAUGAAGCGCGGCGAGGAUGCUAGUCUGUAUGCCGGCGAGUACGGCAACCGCCCGUUGUACAAGAUGCUGGGCUACUUCUCCAUCAUUGGUCUUCUCCGCGUCCACUGCCUGCUGGGUGAUUUCAGCCUGGCGCUCAAGACGCUCGAUGACAUUGAGCUGAACAAGAAGGCCAUGUUUGCCCGUGUCAUGGCCGCCCACUUCACCACGUACUACUACGUCGGAUUCUCGUACAUGAUGAUGCGCCGCUACUCGGACGCUAUCCGUAUGUUCAGCCACAUUCUCGUCUACGUCUCGCGCACAAAGAACUUCCAGAAGAACGCCCAGUACGACUCCAUCACCAAGAAGAACGACCAAAUGUACGCCCUCGUUGCCAUCUGCGUCGCCUUCCAGCCCACCCGCCUCGACGACACCAUCCACACUGCGCUGAGGGAAAAGUACGGCGAGCAGUUCAACAGGCUACAGCGCGGCGGACCCGAAUCCCUCCCCCUGUUCGAGGAGCUCUUCCGCACCGCCUGCCCCAAGUUCAUCAGCCCCACACCUCCCGACUUUGACAACCCAGAGAUCAAUAUCGACCCCAUCGAGCACCACCUUCGAAUCUUCAUGGACGAGGUCAAGAACAACAUGAUGUCGCCCACAGUCAAGAGCUACCUCAAGCUCUACACCACCAUGGAUCUUAAGAAGCUCGCUGGUUUCCUAGAGGUUGAGCCGGAGAAGCUGAGGUGCUGGCUGCUUGUCAACAAGCAGAGGAGCAGGCAAAUACGGUGGGCCGAGGGCGGUCUCCUGGAUGGCGAUGUUAUCCAGGCCAGCGAUCUCGACUAUGCCAUGGAGGGUGAUCUAAUCCACGUUUCCGAGGCCAAGGUCGGCAGGAGGCUCGUAGACUGGUACCUCCGCAACCUGGCGAGGACGUACUAG